AUGGUCAGUGAAGCUAAAAGUUCGCGCCAAUGGGGGGAAGGUGGGGACGGAGGACGGGGGGGAGGGCGAGGAGGUAGGGAAGGAGGCCUGGGAGGUGGGGGCGGGAGUGGGGGACUUGGGGGUGGGCGUGGGGGAGGGCGAGGGGGAGGGGAUGGGGGCUUGGGGGGAGGUGGGUUUGGGGGAGGGCUUGGUGGGGGACGGGGUGGGGGAGACGGGGGCUUGGGGGUGGUGGUGAGGGUUGUUUUGGCGGGGGGUUCGGGGGAGGGCGAGGGGGAGCAGAAGGGGGUUUCGGGGGGCUUGGAGGGGGGCGGGGAGGGGGAGAAGGAUUGGGGGGGGGGCGCGGGGGAGGAGAUGGGUUCGGGGGAGGCCUUGGGGAGCUUGGAGGGGGGCGGGGGGGGCGGGCGAGGGGGAGGGGAAGGGGGAGGAUUGGGGGGGGGGGGGAGGGGGGGGCAUGACUGCCUGGAAGCAGGGGGAGAGGUGGGGGAAGGAGAGGGUCUGGUCAAAGUAAGAGAAGAAGAGAGUGUAGGAGGGGGAGGAGACAAAGUCGAGAAUGUGUUCUCUUCUCUCCUGCGGGGCGCUGUGAAGAGACACUCUCUUGCCGCCAAGACAUAG